CCCAUUUCCUGUACCAGACGAAGCACGAGUGCCAUUUCCUCAACGGGACGCGGCGGGUGCGGUUCCUGCACAGGAACUUCUACGGCCGGCAGGAGAUCCUCCGCUUCGACAGCGCCCGCGGGGAGUACGAGGCCGUCUCGGCGUUGGGGAAGGGGAUUGCGGAGGCUUUCAACCGGGAUAAGCACGAGCUGCAGUACCGGAGGGCCAAAGUGGAUGACUAUUGCCGACCCAACUACGAGGUUUCCCAGAGCAAUUCCGUGGUUGGCCGG